AUGCAGUUCUUCACUACCCUUCUUCUCUUGGUGCCAUUCGUCCUUGCUGCACCUGGCGAUGACCUCGGAACUCGUCACACUGAUUUCAGAUGCUCGUCUUCAUCUACCCUUCAUCUAAUUGAGGGUGAAUGUACCACCCCUACCGGCGCACUAUCCAUUAACUUCCUCAAGGAUACUGUCUGUGACCUACACCUGACCUCCGACUGCUCUGAUUCUCCAGACCACAGGACAUUGCUCAAGGGAUGCCGUAACUUGAUGCCAGGUGAUGAGAAAUACAUGGCCCUCAAGUGUGCUGCUAAGGCAUAA